AGAGCGGCUGUGCGAGAUUAACCUGUCCCCUCAGGGGAGGAAGAAGAAGAAGAGUAAAGAGGGAUCGUACAAGAGCCUCACACCGGUCACUGUCCCGUUUCUCACAAACUUGCUUUUAUUUAUAUUGUUGUUUUUUUUUCACUCUUUUUCAUCAUUCGUUUGGAUUACGCAGAGCUGCCCGGAUCAGGAUCUAAAGCGGAUAUUGUGUUUUGUACUGAAAGCUAUGGUGGCUUACGAUGAACUGGGUAGCUUGGUGCCUAUCAAACGGACUCUGCAAGUGAUAGACCACCAGAACCAAGCAAACAAGGAGUCAGAGGAACCCAGCAGCAAACGUGUCCGUCCGCUCGGCAGGGUGACGUCGCUAGCCAGCCUCAUCUCUCCGGUAAAGAGCGGGGCCGUCCGGCGCUUCGGCCAGACCAUCCAGGCCUCCUUCCGGGGCGAUGGCAAGUCGCCGGGCGUGCCCCAGAAGCCCUGCAACAAGGCAGCGGCCCCCACGCCACCCAAGCGGAGGAACAGCACGCUGUGGUCGGAGACACUAGAUGUACAUCAGAAGGGAACCUUCUCCACCAAAGAGAUCAAGAGGCAGGAGGCCAUAUUUGAGCUGUCUCGCGGAGAACAGGACCUGAUUGAGGACCUCCAGCUUGCACGCAAGGCGUACCAUGACCCCAUGUUGAAGCUGUCCAUCAUGUCGGAGGAGGAGCUGACCCACAUCUUCGGGAACCUGGACGCCUACAUCCCCUUACAUGAGAACCUGCUGGCCCAGCUGGCCAAAGCCACCGGGCCCGAUGGCACCGUGGGGGAGAUCGGGCAGAUUGUCGUCAGCUGGCUGCCCAGGCUGAAUGCCUACAGAGACUACUGCAGCAACCAGCUGGCCGCCAAGGCGCUGUUGGACCAGAAGAAGCAGGACCCACGCGUCCAGGACUUCCUGCAGCGCUGCCUGGAGUCGCCGUUCAGCAGGAAGCUGGACCUGUGGAGCUUCCUGGACAUCCCGCGCUCGCGCCUGGUCAAGUAUCCUCUGCUGCUGAAAGAGAUCCUGAGGCACACGCCGCCAGAGCACCCUGACUCAGCCAGUCUGGAGAAAGCGAUCAGCAUCAUCCAGGAUGUGUUGUCAGACAUUAACAUGAAGAAGGGUGAGUCAGAGUGCCAGUACUACAUAGACAAGCUGGAGUAUCUGGACGACAGGCAGAGAGACCCGCACCUCGACCAGUGCAAGAGUCUGCUGUGCCACGGAGAGCUGCGCAAUAAGAGCGGCACGAAGCUACACGUGUUCCUGUUCACCGAGGUGUUGGUUCUGACGCGGCCGGUGACCCGGAACGAGCGCCAGUGCUUUCAGGUGUACCGGCAGCCCAUCCCAGUCCAGGACCUAGUGCUAGAAGACCUGCAGGACGGUGAUGUCCGAAUGGGCGGAUCCUUCCGGGGCGCCUUUGGCAACGCAGACAAAGCCAAAAACAUCUUCCGGGUGCGCUUCCAAGACCCAAGCCAUGGCCAGUCCCACACGCUGCAGGUGAACGACGUCUUCCACAAGCAGCAGUGGCUCAACUGCCUCCGCGGAGCCAUCUCCGUCCAUCGGCCCCUGCCCGAACCCACCGCCGCGCCCGCCGGGGCCGACGUCCGCUCCAAGCGCCGCCCGUCCUCGGUCUCCGCCAUCAUCCACAUGGAGGAGACGGACGAGAACUGCCCGCAGGCAGCCACUCAGUCUGCUCCCAGCUCACCGUGCGCAGACGAGACCCUCCGCAGCCCCGCUUCAUCCGCCUCGUCAUCCCCCGCCUCCCGCUCGCCAUCCUCGUCAUCUUCGACAUCAUCUUCAUCGUCGACGCAGUCUUCCCCGUUGUCGUCUCCAACGUCACACAAAACCAAAAAGGACAAGAGGUCCCUCUGCUCUCUUGGGAAGAGGAAAGAGACGAUGGUGUGAAGCUGAGGUGUGGGGAGACAACAGACUCCUCCGGCAGACAUUUUGUUAUUUUGUUUUGUAUAUAUAAGCAUACACACAUCUGAAAAUGAGGGAUGACACAAAGAACAAUGAGAGGCCGAGGGUGGCUGAUGUCCACCCGCUCCCUCCCUGCUCACUUGGACUUUUCUAUUUAUGUGCGUGGGUGUGCGUUAUAAUACAUCAGUGUUCUGUGUUACUCUCCCCCAUCGGCAGCUAUAUACCCUUACCCCUCCAUACGCCCCCUGUUGGGCCGAGGUGCGCACCACAAAGAAGCAGUAUUCUGAAAGGACCCGCGCAGCUUCCGUCAGCUGUAGGAAAGAAAAGUGUGACAAGAGGCAAACAAAUUCAUACAUGUGUGGGAUUUAUGUUUGUCCAUUUUUGUUGAAGAAAGAGGCGGUGUGUCAAGUUUUGUUUACUUUUGGUAUUUAAGCAUUAUUUUACAGUCAUUUCUGUUUUGUUUUUUUGUUUUUUUUUGUUUUUGUUUUUUUGGAGUGGGAGGAGAUUUAAAUUUUACAUUUUUAUAAUCUAAAUUUUGCUGUAGCUCUUUUUUAAAGCAGCACUGUUUUAGCUUUUAGCUGAAGUUAUUUGAAACGUUAUGAUAAGUAGAAUUGGAUAAAGGAGCAAAAGAACAAAUGUGAGCAAAAAUGAUAUAUAAAAAAACCCUAAAGCUCUUCAGAGUUCUCUGUUAAAGUCUGAUUUCUAGAGUACCCGGAAGAUAAGUCUUAUUUUUGUACAUUCCUUUAAUGACAGAUGUUAUGACCCAGCCACUUCGUUUUGCAUUUACCGCAGUCAAAAGCUUUACUUUUAAAAUCCAAUCACAAUUCAGAUUUAUCUAUUUUUUUUCUGUUAGAAUAAACACAUCGCUACGCAGGGCAGCGAUGACGAAUCAUUCAAUGUCAAAAAAGAGAGAUGAUUGUUUUUUUUGGGGUUUUUUUUUUUUUUUAUUCGACACAAAGCAAAACCCACUUUGAACUGAGCCAUGUUGGUUUAAAAAAAAUAAUCUAAGAAACUGAAGCUUCAGAAAGAAAGAUCACUUUUCAGUGUAGCAUCUUGCAUGGAGCUUUAUAUGUUAGCAUCAUUAGAGGUAGCAGCACUGACUCGCUCUACCGAGGACAAAACCUCAGAGAAUAGUCGAUGGAAAUGAGAAAGUUGUCAGAAGGUUGUCGGAAAGAAUGGAAAAGACAGAUAAAGCGUGUUUGCUUGAAAUGAGAGGGAUUUGCUAAAGCAUGGUACACAGCCCCACGCAACUUGCUGAACUGCAUUCAGUAAGGUGGUGUGUGGUGCCUCGCUUGUGAACGUUGUGUUGUAGGUGUUGGUGACAAGCCAAUGAGCAUUGGUCAAUGGUGAAAGUAUGUAGGGGGCGGGAGAUGGAAGGCUUCUGUAUGUGACAAACGAGACGUAAAGACUGAUUGUUGGAAAAAAAAAUGGAUUGUAUAAGAAACGGAAAAGGGCAGCUUCACCGCCUGUAUGUAAGUGUUGUAAAUGAAAGGACAAUAAAGAUCUGUGUAAGAUUUGCAUAUGA